CGCUCCUGAUCUAAACGAAAGAGCCGGAGGAGCUGAUAACACGCUUCACAGUUAACAGCCUGCUUCUGCGUUAUCAGUAAACCAACGGUAAAACAGCACAAUGUCUGAAGAGAAGCCAAAGGAGGGAGUGAAGACGGAGAAUGAACACAUAAACCUCAAGGUAGCUGGUCAGGAUGGGUCAGUUGUACAGUUCAAAAUUAAAAGGCAUACCCCUCUCAGCAAACUAAUGAAAGCCUACUGCGAAAGACAGGGACUGUCAAUUCGUCAGAUAAGGUUUAGGUUUGAUGGACAGCCAAUUAAUGAAACGGACACACCUUCACAGCUGGAGAUGGAGGAUGAGGACACUAUUGAUGUAUUUCAACAACAGACCGGGGGAGUCUUUUCUUAAGUUGGACCUGGACUCUGGAAAGAACAUCCACACCAGUUCUUCCCUAUUGUAUUUGUUCUCCUUUUUUUUUUUUCACUCUGCUUGGUCAGGCUGUUCACAACAUAGAAGAAGGUAGAAGGUUUUGCAUUUUGGGCCAAAAAUUAACUUUGAGAUGCAGGGUAAUUUAGAAACAUGUUUUAUUCACAUUAAUGGAUGAUUUGAAAUUGUCCAGGGACACGUCUCAGAUCAGAUAUGGCUCGUAAUGGGAAAACAACUGCAUACUUUUGAUGUUGAAAUGACCUCACGCAUGUCUAUAAACCAUAAGCUAAACUACAAGCCAAAACCUUGCUUUUUCUUCUUGUAAGUUUUCCAGAUUGUUGUGAGCAUUUAAAUUCAGGGGGGCCUCAGCUACUUUUAGUUCAUGUACUUGAUAGGAUUGCUAUGGAGGAAAACUGCUGGAUGGGAGCUUGUGGUUAUUCUUUGUAAACAGGAACAACAUAUUUCCCAUGUAAUAAAGUUGUCUUUUUUUAUUUGAUGUAUCCAUGCCCAAGACAAAUGCAACUUCAAAUCCAUAUGGAUGUUUUACCUCAAUAUGGUCACCCUCAACCCAAUGGUAAAUAAAGUACAGUAAUGUUUCUGAACCAAAAGGCUAAAUCAAUAUUCUUUUAUAAAAGGGUUUGGUUAAUAUAUAAUAUGUUGAUGUAAAGGGUUACUGUCUCUAACGGUGGUCUUUGUUGUCACACAGCAACAGAACAGUUCUCUCGAUGUGUUCAUUGAUUUCUUUCCAACUAUUCAGGACUCUAGAAAACAAAUAUUUCAUCUUUGCCAGUGAAGAAAAUGCGUAUCUCAUCUAACAAUAUAUAUUUCAGUUAAUGUAUAAACUAUUCAGGCAAUACUUUGCUGCCAAUUUUAAAAUGUUUGUCAAAAAUCUAUCCAAACAGUUGCUUAGUUUGUUGGACUCGUGUGUUAGUAGAAAUAUCAUGUCCACUUAGUUUUUGCAGGGUGACAUGGACAUAUUUCUUUUGAUUUGUACAUUAUUUGUUGUCCCUAUACUGUAUACAAUAAAUAUAGUUUGAUACUCA